AUGGAGAAGCCCUCAGAAAAACCAACACCGGACCUUGAGGCUAGCCCCUCUCCAGAGAUGCGGAAGGAGUCAACCAUCACAAGACGCUGGAAACAGGACUUGAGCCCUAACCAUGCUGAUCUCGUCUGUCUACUUCUCUGUUUCUUAACAGGUCUAUGCGACAGCAGCGCAUACAAUGCGUGGUCCUGCUUCUUAGGCAUGCAGACGGGUAACACUAUCUUCCUUGGCCUAGGCGCGUCCAACCAGCCAACCACAAAGCCAUGGGGUUGGCUCAAAUCCCUCGCUUCCAUUCUCGCUUUCUUCUCCGGCGCGAUGAUCUUCUCCAUCUCAAUGCGGACCGUCGGCUCCCUCCGUCGCGGUACUCUUUUCGUCUCCUUCCUCGUUCAAACCGCCCUCAUUAUUAUCGCCGUCGCUAUAAUUCAGGCCGAUCUCAUCCCCCACACCUCUAAGGAUAUGAGUCUUGACAGUGGCCCGUUGUUCUUGGAACUCAUCCCCAUUGCGCUGUUGGCGUUCCAGUCCGCGGGAGGUAUGACGUGCAGUCGUGCGCUGGGAUACAAUGAGAUCCCGACUGUGGUCUUGACGAGUGUGUACUUUGAUAUUGCGUCCGAUGCGAAGCUUCUUCAGAAACCAACAGAGAAUGCCAAGCGCAAUCGUCGGAUCGGCGGUGUGGUGUGUUUGCUUAUCGGUGCGAUCGUGGGUGGCUGGUUGAGUCGCAGCAGUGGUGGUAUGGAGUCUGCGCUGUGGAUGGCGGCUGGCUUGAAGCUUAUUGCAGCCUUUGGUUGGUUGUUCUGGAAGGCGAAAUAA